AAAACCACUGAGUAGACAUUUUCACAAACCGAAAAUGGAGUCGAUCCCCCACCUCCCAUGGGAGGUAAUUGUGCACAUUCUUUGCAGAUUGCCCGUGAAAGAUCUGCGUCGCUACAGGUGCGUAUCGAAGUCCUGGUGCUCCCUCAUCGGCGGCCGCAAUUUCAUCAACCUCCACCUCAAGCACUCGCCGGAAUCCACUUCCCAGCUCGGAUUCGUGUUCGGGGGCAGCAAGGGUCUCUGGUGGGCUACCUUGAACGAUCUCAACUCGUUCGUCCGACUCACUUACCCUAUAGACAUUGGGUCUGGGAUUAGCGUUCACGGAAGCUGCAAUGGAUUGCUUGCUAUCAUGAAUCGUAGUUCGGAUAUGGCGAUUUGGAACCCUUUCAUUCGCAGGUACGUCAGAUUACCCAUCUCUGAUCAUUUCCAGUCCUUUCCGAUGCAUGAAUUCGAGGUUUUCCUCACCGGAUUUGGGCACGACCCGGUUACUGACGAUUAUAAGUUGAUGAUGCUGGUCGAAUUUAACGGGCUCUUUCGGAGAUCAUUUGACCGCGAAGUCAAGGUUUAUAGUUUAAAUGACAAAUCCUGGAAGAAAAUUGAUAAUUUCCCUAAUCACAUCAGUUAUGGUCGUAACAAUGGGGUCCUAUUUGGCAAUGCUUUGCACUGGUUGGUGAAAACCAAGCCUGAUAAUUCCAAUCUGAUUCUGUCCUUUGAUCUUGUCACCGAAACUUUCGGAGAGAUUCAGCUUCCCGAAAACAAGUGCAUUUGUGUGAAGCUUGUGAAUCUAGGAGGAUCAUUUUGUGCUGUAAUGCUGACUACUCUGUCACCCACAGUUGAGGUGUGGGAGAUGAAGGAAUACAGAGGCAAAGAGUCUUGGGCUAUGUUGUUUUCUGUUCCACCUACCAAUCCAACUCCCCCUUUCAACUUUACGAUUCCAAUCGCAUAUUUGAAGAAUGGUGACCAGGUUUUGCUUCAUGACAGUAAAAAACUCUUCGUGUAUGAUAUCAAAAGAAAGGUUCUGAUGAAAAAUGAGGCAGGCGCUGCUUUUCCUGAAAUUUGUGAUGCCCUUGUUUGUGUGAAAAGCCUGGUGGGACUUGAUUUUAGUGAAAGUACUUGGAAUACUAAGAAGCACACUGCUAAGCAGAGAGAUGAUUUCCUAUCCAAGGGAUUCAAAUUGGGUCUAUAAAGUGAUGCAGAAAAGUUGGCAGAAGCAAGGCAACAAAAGCUCUCGUUUUGGUUACAAGAAUCAUGUUUUCUGGGUUUUUCAUGAUCACACUGUGUGUUAUGGGAUUUUCAUCAUCACUCUGUGUGUUAUGUGCUCUGCUGUUUUUUUGGAAUUUUGCCAGAAGGAAGAUAACAAAAACUCUCAUUUUUGUUACCAGAAUCGUGUUUGCUUGGAUUUUCAGACAUGCACUAUAGACCUAAUUAAUCGUGAUAAAGUUUCACAUAUUUUGCUACUGAUAGUGAUUUAGUUCCAUUUUAAUUUUUGUUCUAAUGAUGUGGCUGUUACUGCUGCUUUUUAAGGAAUUUUGUUAUCUACGUUUGAUGUAGUAGUACUUUUAUACGUUGGUAUUCAAAAGAACAUCUUCAUCUGAAGUAUUCAAGUAUGGGCAG